AUGAACAUCGCGGACAGACUGCAGUGUGGGCAGGCAAACUACCCCGCUCAUGCUUCCUUGAGGAGCCCCGGUAACUAUGGCGAUAAGAGAAAGAAGCGUAUGAUGAUCGUUGCUCUUCAAUUUUCCGUGUGUGUGUGUGUGUGUGUGUUUGUCUGCGACUCAUUGAGUGAGGCUGAGGGAGGGGGUUUAUGAGAUGAGAGAUAGCUAGGUGACCGAGAGAGAUGUUGAAACGCUAACUUAAUUUGCCCAUUCAGAGACGGACCGACGGCUCUCUGGGUUUUUCCAAUUCGACCACGGACUGAACGGCGCGGUAGCCUAUAGCCCGCAAUCCGACUCCUCGGCAGGUUUGAGGGGUGGAGAGAGAGAUGGGAUCAGCUUCUUCGGCGUACCGACUAAUCUACCUGGACGUGGAUGGCAGAAUUCAGAAGGUAUAACUGUCAAUCAACCGUUAUAUCAUGUCAGCCUGUUUCAUCAUCAACCUACACCCUGCCCUAUAGGCCUAACCGGGAAGAGGUCCAAUAUUGCAUAGGAAAUAUUUGGAAGAAAGGUGCAAUGAUAGUUAUGCUUUCUAUAGAAUAGGCUGCCCUCAAUAGCAUAUAAUUGUAUAAUAUUCAUAUACAAAUCGUGGUUAAAAUGAAUAGCUUAAUGCAGUCAAUGAUAAUGAUAAUGCAAUACAAAUCUAUUCAUUUUUUGAUGGUUUAGGCAAUAAUGCAUAUGCCAGACAAACUUGAUUUACUGUUUAACGGAUGCGCCGGUUCACUUUUCUCCCACCGCUUCAAUUUUAUAAAAAUAUGUAUACUUUUUUGGGUCAGUUUAUGCGGUGCUUUGUUCAUAUAACGCUCUCCCUUGAGGAUUUCCCAAACUGAUGUGCGAGAAUCAAAGACGAAUCCACCUCAGAUCAAGCGCUUAUUAUGUUCGGGCCUCUGAUUGGACAGUGACACAAUUCUGUAGAUUAUACAAUAGGCUAUAGUCUACUCUAUGGCCCGAUUGAAAUUUACUUUUUCCAAUGCUACAUUCAUUUGACAGACCUUACUUGAACGAUUGUCCCUCUUUCUUCAAAGUAAAGGCCUAGUCUAUGAUAGGCCUAUUCAUAUUUGUAUUGUAUUACUAUUUUGUUAAAGCGUAGUUAGGCUAUACAUUUAAGUAAUGAACUGAUUAUACAUUUUGUCCAUUUUUUCAUUAGAAAAAACACAUUUGAUAUUGUACUCUAUUAUAUAUAUGUUAAUAAUGGUGCUAUUGAUGUUUAUCAGAUAUGUUCAGAAUAAAGAAACUGUCACAAGAUAUAGUCUCCAGUGGUGUAAGGCACUGCAUGGCAGUGCUAGCUGUGCCACUAGAGAUCCUGGUUCAAAUCCAGGCUCUGUCGCAGAGUCUCGGGAGACUCAUGGGCGGCGCACAAUUGGCCCGGCGUCGUCCAGAGUAGGGGAGGGAAUGGCCGGCAGGGAUAUAGCUCAGUUGAUAGAGCAUGGCGUUUGCAACGCCAGGGUUGUGGGUUCGAUUCCCACGGGGGGCCAGUAUGAAAAAAAAAAAAAAAUAUUCACUAACUGUAAGUCGCUCUGGAUAAGAGCGUCUGCUAAAUGACUAAAAUGUAAAUAGGCUUACUGCCCAUUGUGUUUCAUUUCACAUGAUUAUAACAAUUAACAUUGUACCAUCAUCUGCAUUAUUUUUCAAAAUAACACAGGAAAGAUUUCCUAGCAUAGGUUUUUGCUUGGAAUAAUAUAACUAUUGAAGCCCACAUUAGGCCUAAAGCUUGCACAGGUUGGUAGGACAAUGUGGUAAAGUACUAAUUUUAAAGUCUCUCACUUGCUAUCAAUUUGGAGUCCAUUUUAUUUUGGGGUCAAUUAUCUUUUUUUUGCUCGCUCGCCUCACUUUUAUGAAGUAGAAAAAUGCAGUUAAACAGUAAAUCAACUUUGUUCAGCCAUAUAAAAAACUGAAUUUUCAGAAUACUGUCUAUGUUGAUUGGACACAUUCACUGUCCUCUCUCUCUCUCUCUCUCUCUCUCUCUCUCUCUCUCUCUCUCUAUAUGUGUGUGUGUGUUACAUUUGCAUCUUUAUCAAGAUUUGAAACUGCACUAUUUUUAUGAACCUGUGUGGAAUGGCAACAUAUGUAGGGCUCUAUUUUUGGCUGGCUCAAACGCACGUUAGUUUGCAAUUUCGUCAUUUAAAAACUGGCGCACUGGCAUUUUCCAACCCCAACGCCAGGUUCCGCAGUUUACCUGUUUUAUAUCAGCUUGCUUGCGCUCAGAUGGGCGGGGUGGAAAUAUUUGAGGUGUGUCCUUAAAAACAUGAUCCAAAGUGCUGAUUUCAGGCAGCGCUGAUAUGGAUAUUUAAGACCAACCAAAAGCUGGUUUUAGCAGUAACGCAGUUGGUUAUGGCAUGAAUUUUGACAGCAGAAACGCAGCCUAUCCAGCCGUGACGCACACUGCCCAAAUGCGCAUGGAACAAGAGUAGCCCAAUGUGCUGUUGGUGCCUGUAUACUUCAUAAUUAGAAAUAUAAAAAACUAAGUUUUUUUCCCCAUUUUGUUUUAUUUGAUUAAAAACCAAGCAUAGAUUCCCCUCCUCUCAAUUAAGGUUUUUUUUUUGUCUGCCCAAUGGAAUCGCGAAGUAGGCUAGUCAAUACUGUCGAUAAAGGGUUUUGCUCCUGAGACCGCUUGGGAAUAAAUCUUAAUCACCAAAGCGUUAUGAAAAUAUAAGGUGGAGUAAAACAGUGAGCUGACAUUCUCUAUGCAUUGUAGUCAGGCCCACAUUAUUUUAGUCAUGCAGGUCCCGUUUUGGACGUGCGUAAAACCUCCUCCAUGAUGUGUCCAUGCCCAUCAUGAAACGAGAGAUGAGUACCUCGGUGAAUGAAUACCGGUGAACCUCGUAUUUAGAAGUGAUCUGUAACCUGUAGAAAUGGCUUGUUUUCCGUUUCAUAUGUUCAAAACCCAAGCCCUUCCUUAGGCCUACCAUAACGAAGGCUAGUUCAACAGCAAUGUGUCUUUUUUUUAUCCUGGCGAUUGUAUGAUACCAUUAAAUUUUACAUUAAUUUAUUGUUGUUGUUGUAAAAAAAAAACGGCUUGUUUUUUGUUUAAUUUUAUUACAACCAAACUUAUUAGUAUGAUUCACCUUCCUGGUUUUAUGGUGACAACGUCCGUGCGCGCUUGCAAUGCAACUUCUGAUCUGUAAAAUGGUUCCGAUUAUAUUCGUAAAGCAUAGGCCUAUUGGGGAGUAGUAUAACGGUGAAUGGAAAUUCUCCCUUUCUAUUUAUAUUGGAUCUUUGUCCAGCUACUGUGAAAAGUUUGGAUGUGUGUAUAACCCUCCAUAGUCUACAUUGUUUUAAUAUGAUAUGCCCACGGGGAGAAAUUAUGUCUGUAAGUCUGACAUAGCCUAUUUAAAACAAGUUGUUUUGUUUAGAAUUUGAUUAGAAUUAUUAAUUCUCUUUUUAGGCCUUAUCAAUUAAUUAAUUUAAUAUUGCUUAUUGACAAUGUUUGACAUGUCAAUGCUCAGCCAUAAUGCAAUUUACAGUAGGCCUAGCCCCUAUAUCAGUGUGAACGCUAUUGAAGCAAUGCAAUUACUUAGAACAAUGUGGACUGAAAUUGGGUUCAAGUUAAUGUAUUUAGCAAAGAUAGGUCUACAUUUUGUUAUUUUGUUUCUGUAAGCCAUUUAACAAACUAUUAUGGACUAAUAUUGGAAUUUGAGUUAAUUCCAAGACAGUACAUAAAAGACCAUAAAUACACAACUUGAAGCAACCACAUAUUUCGCCAUGGAGCAUGUUCUGAUUGGCCAGUGAUGGGCCAAGCCCCCACACACCCACAAUUUGUUUAUUCAUCAAAACCCAGCCCUUUCGCGCCAACGCCAGCAAGUGCGCGGAUAAUUGUGAUAAUGAAAAUAGCAAACAUAUUUCUGACACACCCCUGAACCUAUAGUGCUACCGCCUGCGCUUAGAUUGACCAUUGCUUGAGGUUUGUUAAAAUAGUGCCCCUAGAGUUACAUUUUGGUAAAAGCAUGAUAGCCUAUCAAUCAUUUGAGUGGAAAAAAUAACAGCUAAUCAUUAAAUGCUUGAUGAAAUUCCUUAGAGGAAGAAUAAUUCCUUUCAGGAUUAAGAUGAGAGGACCAGAUAUUUGCUGUUUACUUUGCUGGACAAUUAUACAACUCCAGUUCGGAACAGAUCAUCUCCCACACAUUUUAGUCAUUUAGCAGACGCUCUUAUCCAGAGCAACUUAUAUGAGCAAUUAGGGUUAAGUGCCUUGCUCAAGGGCACAUCGACAGAUUUUUCACCUAGUCGGCUCGGGGAUUAGAACCAGCGACCUUUCGGUUACUGGCACAGCGCUCUUAACCACUAAGCUACCUGCAUGUAGUCUACACAUCUCUAUUACAGUAGAUAUACCCGCCAUUCUAGAUUCCAGGAUGAAAUGCUCAGGUUCUUACAUAUAUGAUCGAAACCUCAGCAUGUAGGGGCCAAAUCUUAACUUGAGAUGUGUUUGUGUAAAUCACUGGAACACUCCCUACAUGAAACCUCAAGUGACUUACCUGCAUCUCAUGUAAGGAUUUGGCCUAAAGACAAUUUUGUAUAGUGUCACAAACUCCUUAUUCUACAACGGCUUUGUCAAAACAAGCAUUGUGAUUAGUUGAGACGCGUUCUAAGCCAUACUAAAAAAAACUGUUUAGCACGGGUAAGCCUAUGACGCAAAAAUGGGAAUCUUGUUUUCUGUUCCAUCUGAGAAAUCCCUGCUCAUCAGCCCAGCCAGCCAAUUCAUUAACUUGAGCUCCACUGUAAAAGGCAUCUAGACAUUAUUUCCCCUUGCUUCUAGCCUAACAUUUGGUUUGCAACAACUGGUGGUUGUACAAACGUUGCUGUCUGUCUCUUGACAUUUGCAACAUAGUUUCAAUAGUGAAAUUAGAUCUAAAAAGUCAUUUAGCACGCCCUCUCGUGUACAAUUGCUUUAAUCUCACACAGACUAUAUCCAUGUCAAUUAGCCUCCACAAACAGAGCCAGAAUGGUGGGUCUAGUUCCUGUCCAGGGGGUUCUUUACACUUACACCCAGUGGAGUGGAGGACACUGAGGACCAGGGCCAUAAAGGAACAACAUAAAGACUUUUAUGCUCCGCUCCGAUGGCACUUUGCAUUUAUUGCAGACGUGUCAUUUUUUAUGGAGUUCAUUCCAAGUCUGUAUUAUGUUUGUUUGGUGUUUCUCUGUGAGCUUGUUUGUUCAGUCGGUUUAGGAUAUGCUGUGGUGUAGGCUAGUACAUUUACAUUUACAUUUACAUUUUAGUCAUUUAGCAGACGCUCUUAUCCAGAGCGACUUACAGUUAGUGAAUACAUUUUUAUUUUUUUUUUUAUACUGGCCCCCCGUGGGAAUCGAACCCGCAACCCUGGCGUUGCAAACGCCAUGCUCUAUCAACUGAGCUACAUCCCUGCCGGCCAUUCCCUCCCCUACCCUGGACGACGCUGGGCCAAUUGUGCGCCGCCCAUGAGUCUCCUGGUCGCGGCCAGCUGCGACAGAGCCUGGAUUCGAACCAGGAUCUCUAGUGACACAGUUAGCACUGCGAUGCAGUGCCUUAGACCACUGCGCCACUCAGGAGUCUAGUAGUCGGUGACUACAUCUGUGAGCGCAAAGAGAUAGAUCAAUUUAUCUCUGACUGUGUGUAAGCUUUUGUUCUCUAUUUCUGAUAUUGAUCUGUUUGUUCCGUUGUCAUUGGUCAGUUGUUGCUGGGGGAAAAAUAUGGCAUCUCGUCUCUUUCUCUCUCCCUCACCCUCUGUUGUUUUCUCUCCCUCUCUCAUUCUCUUGUGUCUAUGGGACGCUUCAUUUUCUCACACUGUUGAUCUAUCAAUCUCUCACACACACAUUCUCUCGCUCCUUUCCUUUAUCCCUCUCACACACUCCUCUCUCUCUCUCACACACUUGCAUUCCUUUAUCCCCCUCUCUUUCUCUGUCUCUCUCUCUCUGAUCUCUCUCUUCUCUCUCUCAUACUUAUUAUCACUGCUCCGUCAUUUCUGAAGAUUACUUCCCAUCAGACUCAAUUAGAGUGUCUUGCCUUACUUCUCCCACUCACAGCUCAGUCUGAGUCAUAACAACAGGGACAUAUCAGAUCUCCUCAUAAUUCCAGCAUAGCUCUAUACACAGGAGCCCAUUACUAACCACGUUUCCAUCCACAGUUUUUAUGCGAGUAAAGUCGUACCAUAUUUGUAAAAAAUCACGACAGCUGUGAUGGAAACAGGAAGUUUCGGUACAAUUUUAUAAAUGCCGAUAGAUCAUUUGUUCGUUCGACAUGGUGGGAUCUUUUUGUGUCGGUAAAAUGAAUUAUGUGAGAAAUGUCGGUGGAAAUGCCUUUAUGCACAAAUAUUGAUAUAAUAACCAUCAUAUCGAAGUAAACUUGGAGUCACGCGAUGACAUGGUGUGUGGUCCUUCCUCUACGACUCAGGAAACCAUACAGUUUAUUAGGCUAUAGAUUAAAUAGGUUAAGAUGAACUUCACAGGGUGGUGAAAGUGCACAGUGAUGAGCUUGAUGCUCCUUUCCAAUAAAUAUUGAGGGUCUUAUUCUGGUGACAUGAUGAUCGAUGCUUGACUGCUGUUUGACAAAUACAAAUAUUCUCGCUCUUAUCCAUAAUAAUUUCAUUAUGUAGACUAGCCUACCCACACAGCCUACCCGCACUGUAACUGUGAGCUGUUCGCUAGAGCACACGUGCCAAGACAAAAGUAGGCACAUUUGCUAUUUAAUACAACCAUUUUUGUGACAAAACUAUUGGUAGAGUUGAAAAUGCGAUGGAAACACUUUGAACUUUAGAUUUUCAUUCAGUAAAUGAAAACUUAAGUGAAAAGUACAUUUUGUGUGCACUACGUCAUCACGCACUGAUUUUUAUCCGCAACAAGUCAGUUUGGUGGUAAACUCUGCCGAGUCCCCAACAACCGGAUGUUCCGGUUUUCAGGGGAAAUGGAAAGAGAGCCUGUGACCCAACUUCCGCUUUUGGACGAACAAGGUGACACUCCAUCUUAACUCCUCCUCCACAUUUACUGGAUUGGUUGAAAAGUGCAGAAGAGAAACCUCCCCCAACAGUUUUUUUUUCUUCUCGUCAAGACCAGUAUGUGGGGGAUCUAAUUUCAGGCGUUUCUUUUACACCUGCUACGUUAGGUUAGUUUGGUGAAAACACACCACUGGUAGGAAAAUGCACAUAUUUUCUUUAUGCUGAUUUCUUUAUAUUUGCAUGAAAAUCUGUCGCCAAAUGGAUGGAAACCUAGCUACUGACUGUUUUGCUCACUGUCUGUGGCAGCCAACAGCAGUAAUCAAGCCACCAGCGGUAAUCAAGCUGGAAGCCUCACCAGUCCAUCCACCAGCUACUUACUGUCUCGCUUUUUCAAUUCUAUUCUACUUUUCUCUUCCCAUUUAGGUAGCAUGUUAUGACUAGGGCCUAGGAGUCUUUCCUGGUCUGGUCAUGUAGUCACUCAUAACACCACUGGCCUUUGUCUGACCUGAAAGUUUAUGAUGUUUGACAUACAGUAUAAUUUUGACUGGAACAUUGUGCCGUGCUUCCUGCUAGCCUGUGCUGUAGCACCAAUUCGAACUGCUCUCGGACUCACAUAUUGCUGUUCACUGGACCUUAUGAUCACUCAGCUGCACAGCUGAUCCCUGCUGGACUGUUCCUUUACACGGUACCCUGUCCUGUUUAUCUGUUUAGCCUCAGCCCAAACUUUCAUCGCCAUUACCAGUUGUUGUCUUAGCUCUCUCGAAUAACACCUGUGAUUGCUUUAUGCCUCUCUCCCAUGUCAAUAUGCCUUGCCUAUUGCUGUUCCAGUUAGUUCUUAUUAUACAAUUUCACUGUAAAGCCCCAAGUCCCUCUCAAACUGCCUCAAAUAGGUCCUUUGUUCCACCCCCCCAUUCACGCGGAGACCAGCUCAAUCGGUGCCUCCAGUGAUGCUAUCUCUUUCAUUGUUACCCAACGCUUAGGUUUACCUCCACUGUACUCAUAUCCUUCCAUAUCCUUGUCUGUACAUAAUGCCCUGAAUCUAUUCUACAACGCCCGGAAAUCUGCCCCCUUUACUCUCUGUACCCAACGCAAUAGAAGACCAGUUCUUAAAGCCUUUAGCCGUAUCCUUAUUCUAGUCCUCCUCUGUUCCUCUGGUGAUGUAGAGGUUAACCCAGGCCCUGCAGCCCCCAGUAUCACUCCUACUCCCCAGGAGCUAUCAUUUGUUGACUUCUGUAACCGUAAAAGCAUUGCUUUUUUGCAUGUUAACAUCAGAAGCCUCCUCCCUAAGUUUGAGUUAUUCACUGUGUUAGCACACUCCGCCAACCCUGAUGUUCUAGCAGUGUCUGAAUCCUGGCUUAGGAAGGCCACCAAAAAUUCAGAAAUGUCCAUCCCCAACUACAACAUUUUCCGUCUAGAAAGAACUGCCAAAGGGGGUGGAGUUGCAAUCUACUGUAGAGAUAGCCUGCAGACCUCUAUCAUACUAUCCAGGUCUGUGCCCAAACAGUUUGAGCUCCUACUUCUAAAAAUCCACCUUUCCAGAAAUAAGUCUCUCACUGUUGCCGCUUGCUACAGACCCCCCUCAGCCCCCAGCUGUGCCCUGGACACCAUAUGUGAAUUGAUUGCCCCCCAUCUAUCCUCAGAGUUCGUACUGCUUGGUGACCUAAACUGGGAUAUGCUUAACACCCCGGCCAUCCUACAAUCCAAACUAGAUGCCCUCAAUCUCACACAAAUUAUCAAGGAACCUACCAGGUACAACCCUAAAUCCGUAAACAUGGGCACCCUCAUAGAUAUCAUCCUGACUAACUUACCCUCUAAAUACACUUCCGCUGUCUUCAACCAGGAUCUCAGCGAUCACUGCCUUAUUGCCUGCGUCCGUAACGGGUCCGCGGUCAAACGACCACCCCUGUCAAACGCUCCCUAAAACACUUUAGCGAGCAGGCCUUCCUAAUUGACCUGGCCCAGGUAUCCUGGAUGGAUAUCGAUCUCAUUCCGUCAGUAGAGGAUGCCUGGUUGUUCUUUAAAAGUGCUUUCCUCUCAAUCUUAAAUAAGCAUGCCCCAUUCAAAAAAAUUCAGAACUAAGAACAGAUAUAGCCCCUGGUUCUCCUCAGACUUGACUGCCCUUGACCAGCACAAAAACAUCCUGUGGCGUACUGCAUUAGCAUCGAAUAGCCCCCGCGAUAUGCAACUUUUCAGGGAAGUUAGGAACCAAUAUACACAAGCAGUUAGGAAAGCAAAGGCUAGCUUUUUCAAACAGAAAUGUGCAUCCUGUAGCACUAACUCCAAAAAGUUUUGGGACACUGUAAAGUCCAUGGAGAAUAAGAGCACCUCCUCCCAGCUGCCCACUGCACUGAGGCUAGGAAACACUAUCACCACUGAUAAAUCUACAAUAAUCGAGAAUUUCAACAAGCAUUUUGCUACGGCUGGCCAUGCUUUCCACCUGGCUACCACUACCCCGGUCACCAGCUCUGCACCCCCUGCUUCUCCUUCACACAAAUUCAGACAGCUGAUGUUCUGAAAGAGCUGCAAAAUCUGGACACCUACAAAUCAGCUGGGCUAGACAAUCUGGACCCUUUCUAAAAUUAGCCACCAAAAUUGUCGCAACCCCUAUUACUAGCCUGUUCAACCUCUCUUUCGUAACGUCUGAGAUCCACAGAGAUUGGAAAGCUGCCGCGCUCAUCCCCCUCUUCAAAGGGGGUGACACUCUAGAUCCAAACUGUUACAGACCUAUAUCCAUCCUGCCCUGCCUUUCGAAAGUUUUUGAAAGCCAAGUUAACAAACAGAUUACCGACCAUUUAGAAUCACACCGUACCUUCUCCGCUAUGCAAUCCGGUUUCCGAGCUGGUCAUGGGUGCACCUCAGCCACACUCAAGGUCCUAAACGAUAUUAUAACCGCGAUCAAUAAUAGACAGUACUGUGCAGCCGUCUUCAUCGACCUGGCCAAGGCUUUUGACUCUGUCAACCACCGCAUUCUUAUUGGCAGACUAAAUAGCCUUGGUUUCUCAAAUGACUGCCUCGCCUGGUUCACCAACUACUUCUCAGAUAGAGUUCAAUGUGUCAAAUCGGAGGGCCUGUUGUCUGGACCUAUGGCAGUCUCUAUGGGGGUGCCACAGGGUUCAAUUCUUGGGCCGACUCUUUUCUCUUUGUAUAUCAAUGAUUUCGCUCUUGCUGCUGGUGAUUCUCAGAUCCACCUCUAUGCAGACGACACCAUUUUGUAUACAUCUGGCCCUUCAUUGGACACUGUGUUAACAAACCUCCAAAUGAGCUUCAAUGCCAUACAACACUCCUUCCGUAGCCUCCAACUGCUCUUAAACACAAGUAAAACUAAAUGCAUGCUCUUCAAUCGAACGCUGCUGGCACCCGCCCACCCGGCUAGAAUCACUACUCUCGACGGGUCUGACCUAGAGUAUGUGGUCAACUACAAAUACCUAGGUGUCUGGUUAGACUGUAAACUCUCCUUCCAGACUCACAUUAAGCAUCUCCAAUCCAAAGUUAAAUCCAGAAUCUGCUUCCUAUUUUGCAACAAAGCCUCCUUUACUCAUGCUGCCAAACAUGCCCUCGUAAAACUGACUAUCCUACCGAUCCUUGACUUCGGCGAUGUCAUUUACAAAAUAGCCUCCAACACUCUACUCAGCAAAUUGGAUGUAGUCUAUCGCAGUGCCAUCCGUUUUGUCACCAAAGCCCCAUAUACUACCCACCACUGUGACCUGUACGCUCUUGUUGGCUGGUCCUCACUACAUAUUCGUCGCCAAACCCACUGGCUCCAGGCCAUCUAUAAAUCACUGCUAGGCAAAUCCCCGCCUUAUCUUAGCUCAUUGGUCACCAUAGCAACACCCACCCGUAGUAUGCGCUCCAGCAGGUAUAUCUCACUGGUCAUCCCCAAAGCCAACACCUCCUUUGGCCGCCAUUCCUUCCAGUUCUCUGCUGCCGAUGACUGGAACGAACUGCAAAAAUCUCUGAAGCUGGAGACUCUUAUCUCCCUCACUAACUUUAAGCAUCAGUUGUCAGAGCACCUUACCGAUCACUGCACCUGUACACAGCCCAUCUGAAAUUAGCCCACCCAACUACCUCAUCCCCAUAUUGUUAUUUCUUUUGCUCAUUUGCACCCCAGUAUCUCUAUUUGCACAUCAUCUCUUGCACAUCUAUCAUUCCAGUGUUAAUACUAAUUGUAAUUAUUUUGCACUAUAGCCUAUUUAUUGCCUUACCUCCAUAACUUGCUACAUUUGCACACACUGUAUAUAUAUUUUCUGUUGUAUUUUUGACUUUAUGUUUUGUUUUACCCCAUAUGUAUCUCUGUGUUGUUGUUUUUAUCGCACUGCUUUGCUUUAUCUUGGCCAGGUCGCAGUUGUAAAUGAGAACUUGUUCUCAACUGGCUUACCUGGUUAAAUAAAGGUGAAAUACAAUUUUUUUUAAAUAUGUUGGUUUGGACUCAUUAGAUUAUCAGAGAGAUUGUUGUUUUUGUACUGAUGCACAGAUCAUUUACAUUUUAAGGCUAUAGGCAGUUGGGUUCCAGGCUCCAUUCUGUUGCUGCGUGACUGACUGUGUGUAAUGCAGACAUUGUGUUUUUAUUAUCUAGCUUCCUUAUACAGAAAUUAUGCUGAUUAGUUCCUGCUUUACAUGCUCCAUUGUUCUUCUGCGUGUUCUGUGUGUGAAUGAAUUUGAAUAUGGUAUUUCCUGUGCCAUUGGAUAAUCAGGAGUGUGGAUUUAUUAUGUCGUUUUGCAUGUUGGUUUAGGUGUCCAUAUAUAGAAGCUCAACAAGAACAGAGCUCAGGUAUUAGAGAGGAACUGGUUAUUCAUCAGUUAUUAUUAGAUGACAUGGAGGGUCCAUAAACAUCCAGGUUAGUCAGCACUAUGUACGGACCUGGUUCCACAUACAAGAGAGCUCCUAUGCUUACCAUUACACCUUAUGCUCUCUCAGCCCUUUAGCAUACUAUCUGCUAUCAAGCUAGCGUCAUCCAUGAUCGAAAACAGAAGCGGGCAGCAGUGCCAGGCUAUUACAUGAGAACCUCCACAUGUUCAAGUACACACAGCAACACACACGCUCACCCAUGCGUGCACAUGUAUGAAAACACACACACGUGAUGAAGAGAGUCAGAGCUCUACAUGCAUCAUGCCAUCCUUCACAAGCAUGACAGAUGACAAAGACAAUGUUUACCCCUGACCCACUUGUAUUACUUUUACUAAAGGGCUGUUGUAUGUCACUGUAUAUUAUGCAUACUGAGUGGAUUUCCUUGUUGCAUCCGCUCAGAUGUUAAGACACUAGUACUGUUACUGUAGGUCUACUACACAUCUCUAUAGAGGAGAUGGAACAUGAUGUUACUGUAGGUCUACUACACGUCUCUAUAGAGGAGAUGGAACAUGAUGUUACUGUAGGUCUACUACACGUCUCUAGAGUGGAGAUGGAACAUGAUGUUACUGUAGGUCUACUACACGUCUCUAUAGAGGAGAUGGAACAUGAUGUUACUGUAGGUCUACUACACGUCUCUCUAUAGAGGAGAUGCAACAUGAUGUUACUGUAGGUCUACUACACGUCUCUAUAGAGGAGAUGGAACAUGAUGUUACUGUAGGUCUACUACACGUCUCUCUAUAGAGGAGAUGGAACAUGAUGUUACUGUAGGUCUACUACACGUCUCUCUAUAGACGAGAUGGAACAUGAUGUUACUGUAGGUCUACUACACGUCUCUAUAGAGGAGAUGGAACAUGUGUAGUAGACCUACAGUAACAUCAUGUUCCAUCUCCUCUAUAGAGAUGUGUAGUAGACCUACAGUAACAUCAUGUUCCAUCUCCUCUAUAGAGAGACGUGUAGUAGACCUACAGUAACAUCAUGUUCCAUCUCCUCUAUAGAGACGUGUAGUAGACCUACAGUAACAUCAUGUUCCAUCUCCUCUAUAGAGACGUGUAGUAGACCUACAGUAACAUCAUGUUCCAUCUCCUCUAUAGAGACGUGUAGUAGACCUACAGUAACAUCGUCUCUAGAGAGGAGAUGGAACAUGAUGUUACUGUAGGUCUACUACACGUCUCUCUAUAGAGGAGAUGGAACAGGAUGUUACUGUAGGUCUACUACACGUCUCUAUAGAGGAGAUGGAACAUGAUGUUACUGUAGGUCUACUACACGUCUCUAUAGAGGAGAUGGAACAUGAUGUUACUGUAGGUCUACUACACGUCUCUCUAUAGAGGAGAUGGAUCAUGAUGUUACUGUAGGUCUACUACACGUCUCUAUAGAGGAGAUGAAACAUGAUGUUACUGUAGGCAUACAGUAGCCUUUAUGCAUUUUUCUGAAAACGGAUAUGGGAAAUGGAUUAACAAUAACUAAAUGAAUUUUUAGGAUUUGUGACUAAACAAUCCUGCAGUUUAUAUUGUAUUUCAUGGUGAAUUGUCUGUUUGUGAACAUAAGUGGCUCUUUGCUUACAUGUCUCUGAACUUAACACAUCACUGUCUGACACACCUGUGACAGCCUGCCACUGACAGGUUUCUGGAGUGCUCUCUGUCUCUCUCAUCUCUCCCCCUCCUCCUCUCUCCCCCCAUCCCUCUUUCCCUCUUACCCUACACAUUUCUCCAUCUCUCUCCUUCUUACCCUUGUUGCCGUGGUUCCUUUUGUCACCUAUUUUAGUGACUUUGUUGUCCCUGCCGAUGGCAUAAGAAUCAAGAUGCUUUUAUCUAAAUGGGUCAAAGUCAUCUGUGUUGGUGAAGCUGGGGUUGACACUAGAAAUGACUGACUGACUUGUCACUGUUGAUGACGGCACUCAACAUUAUUUGGAAGGCAAUAAAAGGAGAGGAGGGGUGGGAUGGGGGGAUAUAUACUGCAGUGCGCUGGAAUCUGCAUAUUUGUAAUGAAAAGAAAGCCCAGAAUGAGAGACCUGUCAAUACAGAAAGCAGUCAGAAUCCUUCUUCCCUCCCUAGUGGGGGGGUUGGUCCAUUUUCUCUCACUCUGUACUCUGAUGGUGCUUGAGGGGAUAGUAGAACAGGCUGACUAAAUACACUGGUUUGGUGGUCUGCUGUACCACCCUGAUCACUGGGAAUAUAUUCCACGUCUAGUAUUAGUAUCUCCAUAUAUGCAUAUAUUUCCAUAAUAUACACUGUUAGAAAAAAGGGUUCCAAAUGGGUUCUUUGACUGUCCCCAUAGGAGAACCAUUUUUGGUUCCAGGUAGAACCCAUUUUGGUUUCAGGUAGAACCCUUUUGGGUUCCAUGUAGAACCCUCUGUGGAAAGAGUUCUUCAUGGAACCCAAAAGGGUUCUACCUGGAACCAAAAAGGGUUCUUCAAAGGGUUUUCUUAUUUAUUUAUUUAUUUUUAAUUCUCAACAUGCUGUAUCCCUUAGAUCUAAGUUGUUAUGUGAACAUGAAUGUUUUGCUCACAUGUCAAACAUGAUGUACUCAGUGUGGACUUUGUUGGGCUACUGACACUAUAAAUAGAGUAUUGCAUGCUACACUAUUAGAAAAAUCUAGAACCAAAAAGGGUUAUUCGGCUGUCCCCAUAGGAGAACCCUUUGAAGAACCCCCUUUGGGUUCCAUGUAGAACCCUUUGUGGAAAGGUGGGAAAAUAGUUCUACCUGGAACCAAAAAGGCUUCUCCUAUGGGGACAGCCGCAGAACCCUUUUGGAACCCUUUUUUCUAAGAGUGUAUGCAUUAUAUAUCAUAUAUGUACUAGAUCAUGACUAUGUUUCGUGUCUUUGCUACCCUUCCCGUAGGUGGUCUUCAGCAGAUUCUGCAGCCCGUACGAUAUCAAGGAGUUAUUCUGUACCGCUCUAGGUCUUCCAAGGUAAUGCUCUGCUCUGCUCUCUUUUUCCCUCGUCAGUUCAGCUGUGAAGCUUAGAAUCGUCUCUGUCACAGUCCUGUUAGGGUCCUUUAAUCUCUCUGUCUGCUAGGCUGUUUUUCUAAUGUUGUUUUGAGGAUCACUUCUAUUAGAUGCCACAUUGAGGACACAUACUGUAUAGUGACAAGAUAAGACUCUAUAGUGAGUGGCCUAGUCCCAAUAGUCUUGACUAGCUUCCAUCUCUCGCUUGGUUUCCUUGAUUGAUAUUUGGAAUUACAUUUACAUUUUAGUAAUUUAGCAGACGCUCUUAUCCAGAGCGACUUACAGUUAGUGCAUACAUGUUCAUACUGGCCCCCCGUGGGAAAUGAACCCACAACCCUGGCGUUGCAAGCGCCAUGCUCUACCAACUGAGCUAUGUGCCCAACACCUACACUCUCUUCAUUGAACCAUAGUGGGACACAUCCUCAGAGAGAGUUUCCCUGCUUUGUCUGUUUUGGACAGGAACACCACCUUGUCUCUGCUGGAUUCCACGGGAGCUAUGGUGUCCAUCGACCCCACCAUGCCACACAACACCGAGAGGUAGGCCCUGUCACAUCUACAUUCAGGGAUGGAAUUUAAGGAUUUCUGGCACUGGCCAGCCGGGCUAGUAGACUUAAAUUCUUUACUAGCCCUGGUCCAAAAUCUGUGCCAUGCAAUAUUUGAAAAUAUACAAUUUCACUAGCCGGCGGGCUAAUUGGACACAUUUUCUACUAGCCCGGUCUGAAAAAUACUAGCCAUGGGCUAGAGGGCUACCUUCAUUUCCUUCCCUGUUUACAUUUAUAGCAGAAAAAUACAUAUGUUGGUCCUUAAAUGCAUAAUCUGUCAUUUCAGCAGCCUAAACUCAUAAGCAGAAGUUACAUUCUUCAAGGGUUAAUGGUUAUAUUAUUGAUUGAAAUCUCCAUUCAACAGCAGGAAGUAUCCCAGAUUGUGCCCUAUUGCCCAGGACUUGUUAGGCCGAAAAUACUAACAGAUCCAAGGUCAGGGUGGAUCAGUGAGCACACACACACACACACACACACACACACACACACACACACACACACACACACACACAUACACACACACACAUACACAUACACACAUACACAUACACACACACACAUACACACACAUACACACACACACACACGCUUGUUUUACUAACCAAAUUGCCUAACCCCUAACCCCUAAUCCUAAUUCUAACCCUAAACCUAACCCCUAAGCCUAAAAUAGCAUUUUUCCUUGUGGAGACUGGCAAAACAUCCCCACUUGUCUGAAUUUUCCUUGUUUUACUAUCCUUGUGAGGACUUCUGGUCCCCACAAGGAUAGUAAAACCUAAAAGACACAUACACACAGCCCCCAGCGUGUCCUCACACUUCAGACGCUGAGUAAGAGAGUUGGAGGAAGAGGACAUUCACAACACGUCUGAUUAGGAGGAAGGGGGGACGUAUUUGAGUACUGCACCACUUGCUGUCUAAACUGACUGGUGUGUAUGUGUGUGUUCUGUUUGUUGAAGGUCACCGUACAGAGUGGUGCCCCUGACUGGAGGACAGCUAGCUGGUGAGUCCCAGGGGGCCAUUGGCUUUUCACAUACAUGCACUGACUAUGCAAAUAGACACGCAUGGCUGACAAGCACAUACAAAAUAUUUCAUUAGCAUAUGCAUACGUACCAUAUCGUAUAUAGCAUAUAUGCAAGCAUGCACAUACACAAAGCACAGCACACUAACCCACAUACCUGAUGUGCACACUGCACAUAAAGAAGCAUAAUCAUUAACAUGUGUAAGCAAUAGACACAGAUACAUAAACGUAAACACACUCAGACACACACACACACUAUAUUAUUUACUGUUUUGGUUGGUUAAUGACCUCAGUUUAUGGGAAAUGUCACGUAGUAAACCUGGCUGAUUUAACAGUGUGACGAGACCCAGUUCCCCAGUGUAGGGAAGGAAACAAAACAACAUCCUUAUUGUCAGUCAUCACUCACACACAAGAGUACACAGACAGGCCAGCUGAACAUCUGGGAAAAAUUCCAUGAAGAGCAGCUUGUGUCUUUGUUCCACAUUUUUUUAAAGCUUUAUUUUAGCAGGCCCAAGGUCUCUUUUGCAGGUUUGCAGGAGUCCUGCAAAUACACUUUUUUACAAAUACCACAUAAUAACAAAUAUUAAACAUUCAAGAGAAACAAUCACAUUCCUCAGUAAAGAGGUCCUCAAUCAACAAUGUGAACUUCCCGAGAGGCACCUGUACAUCUAGUGGUAGGGAACUCUGUAGAUUGUUCCAUACAUGGGGUGCAAAAAACAUCUACACAACAAUCACCUGGUUCAAUACCAUAUAACUCAAAUUGAUUGUUUUGAUACAGUGAUGGAACCUUACGGGCAGUGAUGCGGUUUAGUGUGCCCCUGACCUCUAAUGAAAUAGUGUUCUAGCAUUAAUGUGACACGGGAAGGUAGCAUUAAUGAGACACGGUGUACAACAGGACAGCAUUAAUGUGACACGGUGUACAAUAGGACAGCAUUAAUGUGACACGGUGUACAACAGGAUAGCAUUAAUGUGACACGGUGUACAACAGGAUAGCAUUAAUGUGACACGGUGUACAAUAGGACAGCAUUAAUGUGACACGGUGUACAAUAGGACAGCAUUAAUGAGACACUGUGUACAACAGGAUAGCAUUAAUGAGACACUGUGUACAACAGGAUAGCAUUAAUGUGACCAGGGGCGGUGUGUUCAUUAGGGCGAUAUGGGCGACGCACUGCCAAACGGGAAAAGCAAGGGAUUUUUUUUCUAAUCAAUUAUAUCACGGCAACAGUAGUUAUCAGUGUUCUAAUCUAGACGUCUAAUCUGCCACUAAAUGUCCAAUCAGGCUAAAGUCGUGCUUCAAAUGGCCCCGCCCGUUUUGGGGCGAUUUCAGUCAGGUUGAAAAUCGCCCAGAAGUCUCUCAUAGCCUCUCAUGUAAAAUCUUUUUUUUUCAAAUAUCAGAGCUUUCAAUACAAUCUCUAUGGGUUUCUGAGGGCUUGCACUUACGCGCUUUCGUCAUACGUAACAUAACCAUGAACGUAACUAAGAAAAGAGCGGGUAGCAGCGUCAAUCAAUUCACGUACUACUAUCAAGAUGGCUAUAGCGUUCAGUGCAACUCGAUUGUCUCUUUGAAAGAAGUUCACAUCAAAGACCAUUCAAAACGAGCUACUGGAGUGUAUGCUAGCGGUCAUGAGGGAACAUAUUGUGGAGGAGGUGAAGUCGGCGAACUUCGUAGCUAUCCAAGCUGACGAGACCACGGACGUUUCUACACAUACACAGCUGGUGCUGAGGUACAUAGAUAGCAACCACAGAGUGCAGGAGCGCUUUUUUGAGUUCCUUCCCAUCUCGGAAUCAACCUCAGUCUCAAUCGCCAGUGUGCUUUUGGAGAGACUGAAACUGAGAGUCAAACUCAUUGCGCAAGCUUACGAUGGAGCCAGUGUGAUGAGGGGAGAGAAGGCUGGUGUGCAGCAAAAGGUACGUGAGCAUUUCAAGAAUGCCCAUUACGUGCAUUGCUAUGUGCAUCAGCUGAAUUUUAUGCCUGAUUUCAAUGAGAAAGUCAUUGACCGCUUUGCUGCAUUGAAAGAGAGAAGAGAACAGUUUCAGUACAAGUAAUGUAGCCUCUCUCUCUCUUUGUCCCUCCCUGUCUGUCUCUUUAACACACACACGCCCAAAUCAGUUCACAGUUGAUGUUGUUUAAAAUAGUUAUUUUUCAUUAAAAAAAAAGUAAAACUUUUUUUUUACAAAUCUAUACAAUUGGCCAGAAUAUGGUUGUUCAUAUUUACAAAUCUAUACAAUUGGCCAGAAUAUGGUUGUUCAUUUUUACAAAGCCAUACAGAUAGCUGUGUUUACCUUUUCUAUAAAUUAUUUUCAAAUUCUGUUUUCAGGCAAAAUGUCUAUCACUGUUCAUUUUCACAAAUCUAUACAAGAGGGCAGAAUAUGGAAGUGUAUAAACAUUUCCUAUUACCAAUAACUUGCAUCAAUGUUUUCAGUAGCCUCUAUCAAAAGCUCCUGCUUGCUUGUUGUGAAUUAUGCUCAGGUGCACAUAUUUCCAAUUCAACCAUGAGGCCUUUUUGAAGCAAGUAAUGUGUAUAUCAGUAUUGACUUAUAUGCUGCCCCUGUCUUCAUGUUGUUGCUGGACAUAUCUUUUUUAAAAUGUGUGUAGGUCACCUAAAUCAUCAGAAAAAUUGCCCCCCCUGAGAAUUUUUUCAGGAGCCGCCACUGAAUGUGACACGGUGUACAACAGGACAGCAUUAAUGUGACACGGUGUACAACAGGAUAGCAUUAAUGUGACACGGUGUACAAUAGGAUAGCAUUAAUAUGACACAGUGUACAACAGGAUAGCAUUAAUGUGACACGUGUACAAUAGGAUCAGUCCAACAGGUGCCAGAUGGUUUUACUAGUUCACAUACCUGCACUUUUAUUGGCCUCUCAGGUGAACUUUGGCCACAAGUCUGCUCUGCACCAAUAGCAGAGUUAUUUUCUGUGUGUGGGAAGGGAAAUUACAAGUGCCUUGUUAACAUAUCAAGCUGGCACCAUCUUGAAAUGUGACUACUGCAUUCAGUAAUGAGACAGAGAAAACACUCUCUCUUCUUUUGCCAUCUGUUGUGUUUGUUUCAUUCUCUUGUUGUUGCUGGUUUACAUAAGGUAUGUGUGUGUGUGCGUGCGUGUUUGUGUUUGAGUGUGAUAAAGGGGCAAUCAAAAUCUGUUACACCCCCAGGCUCGGAUAGAAUUUACAUUUUUACACUUUAGCCAUUUAGCAGACGCUCUUAUCCAGAGCGACUUACAGUUAGUGAGUGGAUACAUUUUUCAUACUGGCCCCCCGUGGGAAUCAAACCCACAACCCUGGCGUUGCAAGCGCCAUGCUCUACCAACUGAGCUACAUUUAAUGAAACGCUUCAGACAUGUGUGCAGUGUUGUCGUUACAGCACAGAGUGAAGUAUGAGUUGUGUUUUCCCUGUGUGCAAUGCAGUACCAUCUUUUUCUUCCAGAUAAAGAGGAACUCUUCCAGAAUGUAUUGACACAGGUGGCAGAGCAGUUUUCCAGGUAAGAGCACUGAUGUAGCUUUCAUGGAAAUGUUGUCUCUUGCUUCGUAAAUCCUUUUUGUUCUCUUGUUUUCGUAAAUGUACGCUAUUUGUGUCACUGUAUUAUUGAGUGUGCUGCUUUCAGAUAAUGAUUGCUCUCUGUCCCUUUUGUUCUCUCUUUCCCUCCCUCUCUCUCUUUCUUUAUCUCUCUCUUUCUCGAUCUCAUUUUCUCGCUCUCUUUUUCUGUCUCUUUCUCUCUUUCUAUCUCCCCUUUCUUUUCUCUCCCCAUCUCUCUCUCUGUCUGUCCUUCACUCUCUUUCUUUUGCAGAGCGUUUAAAAUCAACGAGCUGAAGACGGAGGUGACGAACCGCUUGGCCAUGUUGGAGAAGAGAGUGGAGCGUGAGUCAUACAGUACUGUGUGUGUCUGUGUGUUUAUUUCUCCCUAGAGAGGAGACAGCCUCUGCUUAUAUCAAAGUAUUGUUACCUGCCAUGGGGAAUACAGAGCAAAUACACUGAAUGUAGAAAAUAGAAGAAUACAAUAUGGUCCUUUAACAGAUGAUUUUGUUCUAAGGUGACUUCUAGUUUUAUUUUAUUUAUAUAUAUUUUUUACCCCUUUUUCUCCCCAAUUUCGUGACAUCCAAUUGGUAGUUACAGUCUUGUCCCAUCGCUGCAACUCCCGUACGGACUCGGGAGAGGCGAAGGUCGAGAGCCAUGCGUCCUCCGAAACACAACCCUGCCAAGCUGCACUGCUUCUUGACACACUAUUCACUUAACCCGGAAGCCAGCCGCACCAAUGUGUCGGAGGAAACGCCGUACAACUGGCGACCGUGUGUGCGCCCGGCCCGCCACAGGAGUCGCUAGAGCACGAUGGGACAUCCUGGCCGGCCAAACCCUCCCCUAGCCCGGACAACACUGGGCCAAUUGUGCGUCGCUUCAUGGGUCUCCCGGUCGUGGCCGGCUGCAACACAGCCCGGGAUCGAACCCGGAUCUGUAGAGACACCUCAAGCACUGCAUUGCCUUAGACCGCUGUGCCACUCGGGAGGCCCUGGUGACUUUUAGUUAAAGAGUGACAUACAAUGACAAAAAAUAACUAAAAUGUAAUACCAAGCGGAUGCCCUAAAACCGUAUUCAGUAUUCACUUUCAGUAAGUGUAUGUGUGGCCCGUGUAUGAGGCAAUCGAACCCUCACGGAAACUGUGCAGUAAGGCGUGCAGUAAACAUUGUUCUUCUACUGUAUGUGAGCAGGCAUAUUUUAAUAGCUUUAAUUGCCACUCAUUAACUUGGCUGGAUGGGACAUUUUAAUAGAAAUAGUAGCCCCGGGAGAUUGAGUCAUAAAAAGAUGAUGUUAAAGGAAAUGUCACAGCUGCUCUAUUUCACUAAACACUGACUGUACAAAACAUUAGGAACACCUUCUCUUUCCAUGCCAUAGACUGACCAGGUGAAUCCAGGUGAAAUCUAUGAUCCUUUAUUGAUGGCACCUGUUAAAUCCACUUCAAUCAGUGUAGAUGAAGGGGAGGAGACAGGAUAAAGAAGGAUUUUUAAGCCUUGAGACAAUUGAGACAUGGAUUGUGUAUGUGUGCCAUUCAGAGGGUGAAUUGGCAAGACAAAAUAUUUAAGUUCCCUUGAAUGGGAUAUGGUAGUAGGUGCCAGGUGCACCGGUUUGAGUGUGUCAAGAACUGCAACGCUGCUGGGUUUUUCACGCUCAACUGUUUCCCGUGUGUAUCAAGAAUGGUCCACCACCCAAAGGACAUCCAGUCAAAGGCAGGCCAGUGGUCGAAAACGGGUCAUUGAUGAAAGAGGAAAAUGGAGGCUGACAUGAAUUGUGCAGAGCAACAGAUGGGCUACAGUUAGUCAACUGACAGUCCAGUACAACAGUGGUGCCCAAAGACCCAUAAAAGAAUGCACAACUCGUCGUACCUUGACACAAAUGGGGUAUGGCAGCCAACAACCUUACAGAGUUCUACUUCUUUCAGCAAAAAACAAGAAACUGCAGUUGCAGUGGGCUAAGGAACUAAAAACCUUGAACACUUUGAUGGAAAGACUAGGGUAUGGAGAAAACCACACGUUUUUGGGGGACUGAGUGGCGCAGCUGUCUAAGGCACUGCAUCGCAGUGCUAGAGGCAUUACUACAGACCCGGGUUCGAUCCCGGGCUGUAUCACAACCGUUCGGGAGUCCCAUAGGGCGGCGCACAAUUGGCCCAGCGUCGUCCGGGUUAGGGGAGGGUUUGGCUGGGGUAGACUGUCAUUGUAAAUAAGAAUUUGUUCUUAACUGACUUGCCUAGGUAAAUAAAGGUUAAAUAAAAACAUACGUCCAUCGUGCCGCGUGUCAACAUUGAAGACUGAUAGUGAUGGUGUGGGGUGUGUUUUCAUGGCACACAUUGGGCCCCUUGAUAAAAGUGGAGCAAUGUUUGAAUGCCAUAGGAUAUCUGAAAAUCAUUUCCAAUGACAGUGAAUUCAGCUUACUGUAGUGGCCUGCCUGUAGGAUCUUAAUUUGAGCCAGUUUGCUACAGCAGGAAAACAAUCCUGCAGCAACAGAAAAUGUGAUUUAUUAUAUGGAUUGUAAUUAAUUUUUGCAGGGGUUGAUGCGUUUUUCGUAAGGGAAAAUCAAGUCUGAAAUUUCAAAGUGGAAAUUACAAACUUCAGAAGCCUUUAUAAACCUCAAAUACACUACACGUUUUAAAUGACCUGCAUUGCAGGAAAGUUCUCCUACAACAGGGUGAUCAAAUUAAGAUCCUACAUCUAUGCUAGCUGUCCUUGACCCUAUAAUAAAUCAUACUGCUGCCUAUUUAAUCUAUUUCUGUCCAUUUUGUUGUGUGCCAGGAAGUUAGUUUACACCCUCCCACACUAUGCUCGCUGGCUUCUCUUUGAGCUUUGGUUCGAUGUGGUAGAUCUCUCUAAUCAGAUUGUAAAAAUGGCUACAAAAUCGAAUCGAUAAAGAUGGCUUGAUAUGCCUCAUUCCAUCAAAGUACUGGUAGUACAUUGGGUUUCCUCCUGUUUUUGCACCGUACUGUAUGUUUCAAAGGCCUCUACGGCCUUCAGCUGUUCUGUCACAAUUUGUUCCGUGCACACAUGGUGCUCUAGCCUCCCUGUGCAGUCCAGUGGGAACAUUUAAUCAGUAAUCAAUCUUUAAUCAUUACAUCGUCUUUCACUGUAAAGUACUGCUACUGUGAUGGCUGGGGGAUGUUUUGAGGUUCAUUUGUUCUGGAUGACUGACUGCCUCAGGCCCAGGUCACCUGACUAUUGGUAUUGUAGGAUAUAUUAACCUCGCUCCCUCUCUCUCUUUCCCUCCCUCUCUCAUUCUCUCUCUGCAGUGGAAGGGAUGAAGGUGGUGGAGAUAGAGAAGUGUCGCAGUGACAUCAAGAAGCUCCGGGAGGAGAUGGCCUCCAGGAACAACAGGUUAGUCACAUGAUUAUCUGAUCAUCUUUGAAGCUUGACCUCUAGCUUUGACCCGAAUCCUGAUAACGAUGUCCAAUGUAAGCCUGAAUGAUGUUUGUUUUCUGCGUCUUACAUUGAAUAGUCUUUGUUAGCUCCUAGUUAGAGGAAAUAUUGGAGGAAAACUUCCUCUCCCCUGUCUGUCAUUAGCAGGGCUUUAAAACCACUGUCCCCAGAUCAGUAAGUAGCCUUGCAGGAGCCUUGGCUUGUGUGAGCCGUAAUGCCUCAUACUGAUACUGUUACAGACUGUUACAUGCUGUAAUAUAGGCCUACUGAUACUGUUACAGAGGCUAGCAUAUCGUAAUAUUUAAUAUUUCAUUACAAUCUUCUCACUAUGAUGUGUGUGUCUAUGGUCUGAUUAUAUUAAUUGGUUACUGCUUGCUUUGUACUGUAGUCAUUUCCUGGAUGACAACAAGAAGCUGACACCUCGCAGAGACGUGCCCUCUUACCCCAAAGUAAGUCAGUGGUCUGCAAAUUCCUCCUACUUCAUUGUCACCGUCAGUCUGUGUUUUGUCAUUGUCAAUGAGCCUGUUAUCAGGUACUGAAUGUCCAUAGCGUCAGAACACCACCUUUGAAUGUCCAGAGUCAGUUGUGUGAUCCUCUGGUCCUCUGUAGCUCAGUUGGUAGAUCAUGGUUCUUGAAACACCAGGAAGGUGGGUUAGAUUCCCGGGAACACCCAUACGUAACAAAUGGAUGCACGCAUGACUGUGGAUAAACUUGUGUGCUAAAUGGCAUUCCAAUUAAGAUAGUGUGAGAGAUGCACCUCCUAUAAUCAGAUACAGCAUCAAAGAUGGUGGAUAAAUUAAGAUGUUUCAUAAAGGCCGUUUUCCAUUGAAAGAAUGGUCAAGGUUCCUGUCUGUGUAAGUGGGCGUACCCUCUCUCGCGUGAAUAUGAUUUCCUGCGUGAGCUCAGGGUUCCUCCAUAAUCUCUGGCAAUGCUCACGCGAUAGAGGGAAUGCCCACUUACACAGACAGAAUUGUUUUCAAUGGGAAACUGCCCAAUAACAGCUGGCUCUGGUCUACUUUAUUCCCCUACCCACGCUCACCCGUCCCGCCAUACCAGAAAAAAAUUGCCUGUGAGAUGUCUCGCUUUCUCUUCCGUCUCUGACAGCAUGUCCCUAGUUAGGUGCGCCCAUCACAGGUGUGCUAAUGUUUCCCCUAGUUUUCAUUUCUAGGUGGACUGCACUAGGACAGUGGCAAGCUGCCUCACUUAAAGAAAUACAGGGGGAAACUAACUGAGGUUAAACCUGCAGUCAGGUGUGCCCAGGUGUGUGUGUGUGUGUGUAGAGGUGAGCCCACAGCCAGCGGAGACAAACAUGGUUAACUGGGUGCUCUGUCGCCUGCAGUACAUGCUCUCGCAGCAGACCAUAGAUGCCCUCAGAAAGCCUGCCUUUGACCUCUGGCUGUGGGAGUCCAACGAGGUAAGAUGCUGACUUCACUUUGUUCUUCUCUCUCCGCCCCUUCUGUCCCUCUAUCUGCAUGCGUCUAUGUGUGUGUGUAUGUGUGUGUGUAGUACCACCUGUCUCAGGAGACAGUGGAAGCUCUCAGACAACCCACCUUUGAUGUAUGGCAGUGGGAGCCCAAUGAGGUGAGGACAGGGGGUUGGACCAUACAGGUUCAACUACCAUAGAUAGGAGAAACUCAACUUCCAUAGACACUAAACUCAACCAUAGAGUUGUUGACCAUAGACAAUCAAAUACUACCAUAUAACUGUUGACCAUAGAUGAACAACCGCAACAAAGUAUCGCUCACCUUUGGCCUCACUCCUCCACCUUGCUUCAUGUGACCAGAUGCUGAGCUGCUUGGAGCACAUGUACCACGACUUGGACCUGGUCAAGGACUUCAACAUGAACCCCAUCACACUGAAGAGGUGGCUGGUAAGACUGCUAGAGAUAUCUACAACUGAUCACCAUCUACUGCUGCGGCACUUGUUUCAGGUUACUAGUGGCAGGUUUGUUGUAGCUGUCUGAUGGUCUCACACAUUCACUCAUCUUCCCUCUCCCCCCCUCCCUCCCUGCAGCUUUGUAUCCAUGACAACUACAGGAUGAAUCCCUUCCAUAACUUCCGCCACUGUUUUUGUGUCACCCAGAUGAUGUACAGCAUGAUCUGCCUCUGCAGCCUACAGGUAAUACCACAGUAAUACCACAGUAAUACUACAGUAAUACCUCAGAUCUAUAAAAGGGCAGCAUUAAUACUGGAGGGAUAGAAUGGUGAGGAAAAAUGAUGUUUGUUCUUGAAGAGGAAGGACGAGGGGGAGGGAGAGAGAAGCUGAGAGAUGUGUCUGAAAGAUAAAUUAUAUUCCCUUGGAGACGCUCCCUUAGACAUCAUCUCGAACCCAGUUGUCAUGGAUAACCAUUCAUGAGAGGUUUAUUAAUCAAAUCCUAUAAUGGCCAAUUACGAGACGGCCAUGUUAAUGAUGUGCUAAUGAGAUCUCUCACAAACACACACACUUUCACACACACACUCUUUUACACACCACACACUCACUUACACAAACAUGAAUGCACCUACAUGUGCACAGUUGCAUGAUGCGUACACACACAUGCACACACACACACACAUGUGCUCACACAGAUGGCCCAUUAAUUGUGAGACUUAUAAUAAUACAUAAUAAUAAUUGUGAAUUGUGUGUCUUCCAGGAGACGUUCACCCAGGUGGACAUUCUGAUUCUGAUGACAGCUGCAGUGUGCCACGAUCUGGAUCACCCCGGAUACAACAACAUGUAAUCCAUACUUUUAUUCUCUCUCUCUCUCUCUUACUCUACCACUGCCAUCUGUCUAUCUUGAUUCAAGAAAAUGUGAUACAAUCUGUCUAUCCUAGUUCGAUAUAGCCUCGGAAACCCAGGUUCCGUUCAACAAGAAGACAUUUGAAAGCAAGCCCCUGUGAGACUAAGUCUCCCUCUCUCUGUCUCUCAGGUACCAGAUAAACGCGCGGACGGAGCUGGCAGUACGCUACAAUGACAUCUCCCCUCUGGAGAAUCACCACUGUGCCGUGGCCUUCCAGAUCUUCUCCCAGCCCGACUGCAACAUCUUCUCCACCUUCGACCCCGAGGCCUUCAAACAGAUACGCCAGGUAGGGCGUGUGUGUGUGUGGGCAUGUUUAACUAUACUUGUGUGUGUGUGUAUACUACUAUAGCAGUAGUCUGAUCUAUAGUCUGAUCUAACCGCCUAUUUCUGUCUUAGGGAAUCAUCACACUGAUCCUGGCCACAGACAUGGCACGACAUGGUGAGAUACUGGACUCCUUCAAGCAUAAAGUGGACAGCUUUGACUUCACUGAUGAAGAGCAUGUCAUUUGUGUAAGGAUACACAUUCCUAUGUAUUUGCAACCUACCGUAGAAUGCAUAUUUUCCACUCCCUUACAGUUUGUGCAGUGUAUUUGUCCUCCUGCCCUAUGCAGUAAUGCUAUAUUUACAACUUUACUAUGUAUGAUUGUUAGUCCUUUGUGCUGCUAUCUAUGUGAGCAAUCUAGUAGACCCCUUCCCUAUACUGAACUCUGCUCUGUGUGACCUUUGACCCCCCCCCCAAGCUGAAGAUGGUGCUCAUUAAGUGCUGUGAUAUCUCUAACGAGGUGCGACCCAUGGAGGUGGCUGAGCCCUGGGUGGACUGUCUGCUGGAAGAGUACUUCAUGCAGGUAUGUGAAGCCCUAUCUAUACUGUAUACUUACCUACGUAUGUAUUUGGACAGUGAUGCUAACAUUUUUUAUUUGGCUCUAUACUCCAGCAUUUUGGAUUUAAGAUGAAAUGUUUCAUAUGAGGUGAAAUUGGUCCAAAUACUUAUGACAUCUUCAAAUGGGGAGGACUAGAUAUAUGAAAAUACCCUCAAAUAAAAGGUGACAUUCUGUACUGUCACUGUAUAUGAAACAUUUGAUCUCAAAUCCAAAAUGGGGAGUGUUUAUGCGUUUUUAUUCAGUACAUAGCCUACUGUGUAAUUCAAGGUAUGUGUCAUACCUGCCUCAUAUCUCAAUCUUGAUACAUAAGUCUGUGUGAAAAUGGAACAACAAAUUCCAUGAAACAUUGUAUUUUGAUAUACAGUGCCUUCAGAAAGUAUUCACACCUCUUGACUUUUUCCACAUUUUGUUGUGUUACAAAGUGGGAUUAAAAUUGAUUUAAUUGUCAUGUUUCUAACAUUUGUAAAAAAAAAUAUAUAUAUAUAUAUAUUUUCAACACUAAUAUAGGAUUCAACCCCCUGAGUCAAUACAUGUUAGAAUCACCUUUGGCAGCGAUUACAGCUAUGAGUCUUUCUGAGCUUUGCACAGCUGGAUUGUACAACAUUUGCACUUUUUUAAAAAGAAUUAUUCUUUAAACUCUGUCAAAUUGAUUGUUGAUCAUUGCUAGACAACCAUUUUCAGGUCUUGCCAUAGAUUUUCAAGCCGAUUUAAGUCCAAACUGUAACUAGGCCACUCAAGAACUUUCAACGUCGUCUUGGUAAGCAACUCCAGUGUAUAUGUGGCGUUGUGUUUUAGGUUAUUGUCCUGCUGAAAGGUGAAUUCAUCACCCAGUGUCUGUUGAAAAGCAGACUGAACCAGGUUUUCCUCUAGGAUUAUGCCAGUGCUUAGCUCUAUUCCAUUUAUUUUGAUCCUAAAAAACUCCCUAGUCCUUGCCGAUGACAAGCAUACCCAUAACAUGAUGCAGCCACCACCAUGCUUGAAAAUAUGAAGAGUGGUACUCAGUGAUGUGUUGUAUUGGAUUUGCCCGAAACAUAACGCUUUGUAUUCAGGAAAUAAAGUUAAUUUCUUUGCCACAUUUUUUGGCAGUUUUAUUUUAGUGCCUUAUUGCAAAUAGGAUGCAUGUUUUAGAUUUUUUUUAUUCUGUACAGGCUUCCUUCUUUUCACUCUGUCAUUUAGGUUAGUAUUGUGUAGUAACUACAAGAUUGUUGAUCCAUCCUCUGUUUUCUCCUAUCACAGCCAUUAAACUCUGUAAACUGUUUUAAAGUCACCAUUGGCCUCAUGGUGAAAUCCAUGAGCGGUUUUCUUCCUCUCCAGCAACUGAGUUAGGAAGGACACCUGUAUCAUUGUAGUGACUGGGUGUAUUGAUACACCAUCCAAAAUUGAAUUAAUAACUUCACCAUGCUCAAAGGUAUAUUCAAUGUCUGGGUUUUUUUAACCCAUCUACCAAUAGGUGCCCUUCUUUGCGAGGCAUUGGAAAACCUCCCUGGUCUUUGUGGUUAAAUCUGUGUUUGAAAUGCACUGCUCGACUGAGGGACCUUACAGAUAAUUGUAUGUGUGGGGUACAGAGAUGAGGUAGUCAUUCAAAAAUCACUAUUAUUGUACACAGAGUGAGUCCAUGCAACUUGUUAAGCACAUUUUUACUCCUGAACUCAUUUAGGCUUGCCAUAACAAAAGGGUUGAAUACUUAUUGACUCAAGACAUUUUAGCAUUUCAUUUUCAAUUAAUUUGUAAAAAUUUCGAAAAACAUAAUUCCACUUUGACAUUAUCGGGUAUUGUGUGUAGGCCAGUGACACACAAUCUCAAUUUAAUCAAUUUUAAAUUCAUGCUGUAACACAACAAAAUGUUGAAAAAGUAAAGGGCUGUGAAUACUUUGUGAAAGUACUGUAGAUACAGUAUUUGCCAUUUGUAUUAAAAAUGAUGGAUUGCACUGACAUCUUUCUCUCUCUUCUCCAUCUUUUCCUCAGAGUGACAGGGAGAAGGUGGAGGGUCUGCCUGUGGCCCCCUUCAUGGACAGAGAAAAGGUCACCAAACCCACAGCCCAGAUCGGCUUCAUCAAGUUCGUCCUCAUCCCAAUGUUUGAGACCGUCAUGAAGGUGAGCAAUGGAUGGAUGGGACUGUAAAAAGAGGAUGUUGGAGUGAUAGGACUGUGAUGAUGAUGAUAAAGCCUGCCUCCUUUCUCUCUAUCUCUCUCUGUGUCUCAGCUGUUCCCUCAGAUUGAGGAUGUGAUGGUCCAGCCUCUGAGAGAGUCGCGAGACAGAUACGAGGAGCUCAAGCAGAUCGACGAUGCCAUGAAUGAGGUCAGAGGUAUUUGUGUGUGUACGUGUUUUUGUGUUUUAUCAUUUUUAUUUAAGGAGGACAUGUUUGCAUGUUCUUAUGUGUAGUCGCAGUGAUUGUAACAGUCCUGUGAAUGUUUCUUCUUUAGGUGCAGAAAAAGAAAAGUGAGAACUUGACUAUGGGGAAGAAGAAAUGAAAGCUCAAAGGUAGGUGUUUUUAAACUGGCUGCAUUGAGCAAAGUCUUUCUAUACACUAUAUGGCUCUGGUGCGGUGUAGAUGAAAUGAAUGUGUGUUCUUCUGUUUUAGCUCAAACUUCCUACAGUGGUAAAGGUUGAGUCAGGAUGGCAGUCUGAGGAAUGGAUGGCAGUCUGAGGAAUGGGACCAGAGGAAGAUGGAAACAGACCAAGCCACUGACUGACUGACUGGCCGGAUGGACAAUCCAAAGCUUUUAUCAGGGAAUGUCAACUUGUACAGCACAUACUACUUCAGUGAACAAUAUUUAGAUUUUCUCUUGCGUUGUGUUUUUUUUUAUGUUGUUUUAUACAGAAUGUACAGAUUUUUAGUCACUUUGGUUGUUUCCUACAAAAAUAAAAGGUUUACUUUAAUUAUAA